AUGGCCGCCAACGCUGCUCCCGGCGCUGUUGACCAGCUCGCCAACGACCUCAACAACACCUCUCUCAAUGGCGGUGAUGCCAAGGCUCCUGCUGUCGACACCGGUGUCGCUGCCGCCGCUGACGAUGCUGCUGCUCCUACCCCCACUUCCGCUGCUCCUCACCCCCAGAACUCUGCUUCUCUUUACGUCGGCGAGCUUGACCCCUCCGUCACUGAGGCUAUGCUCUUCGAGCUCUUCUCCCAGAUCGGCGCCGUCGCCUCUAUCCGUGUCUGCCGUGACGCUGUCACCCGCCGCUCCCUUGGUUAUGCCUAUGUCAACUACAAUGCUACUGCUGAUGGCGAGAAGGCUCUUGAGGAGCUCAACUACACCCUGAUCAAGGGUCGCCCCUGCCGCAUCAUGUGGUCUCAGCGUGACCCUGCUCUUCGCAAGAACGGCCAGGGCAAUGUUUUCAUCAAGAACCUUGAUGUCGCUAUUGACAACAAGGCUCUCCACGACACCUUCGCUGCUUUUGGUAACAUUCUGAGCUGCAAGGUUGCCCAGGACGAGAAUGGUAACUCCAAGGGCUAUGGUUUCGUUCACUACGAAACUGAUGAGGCUGCCUCCCAGGCCAUCAAGCACGUCAACGGCAUGCUUCUCAACGAGAAGAAGGUUUAUGUCGGCCACCACAUCCCCAAGAAGGACCGCCAGAGCAAGUUCGAGGAGAUGAAGGCCAACUUCACUAACGUCUACGUCAAGAACAUUGCGCCUGACGUUACUGAGGAUGAUUUCCGUGAGCUCUUUGAGAAGUUUGGUGACGUCACCUCUUCUUCCCUCGCCCGUGAUCAGGAGGGCAAGAGCCGAGGUUUCGGUUUUGUCAACUUCACCACUCACGAGGCUGCCUCCAAGGCUGUUGACGACCUCAACGGCAAGGAUUUCCAUGGCCAGGAUCUGUACGUUGGCCGCGCCCAGAAGAAGCACGAACGCGAGGAGGAGCUCCGCAAGUCUUAUGAGGCUGCUCGCCUGGAGAAGGCCAACAAGUACCAGGGCGUUAACCUCUACAUCAAGAACCUCGAUGACGAUGUUGACGAUGAUAAGCUCCGCCAGAUGUUCUCCGAGUUCGGUCCUAUUACCUCCGCCAAGGUGAUGCGUGAGACCCCCACGGAGGGUGAUGAGGACAAGAAGGAGGAGACUCAGGAUGACAAGGACAAAGAGAACAAGGAGGAGGCCAAGGAGGAGGCUAAUGACGAACCCAAGGAGGGAGAGGAGGCUACAGAUGACAAGAAGAUUGAGAAGAAGACGGACAAGAAGCUCGGUAAGAGCAAGGGCUUCGGAUUCGUCUGCUUCAGCAACCCCGACGAUGCUACCAAGGCUGUCGCUGAGAUGAACCAGCGUAUGAUUAACAACAAGCCUCUGUACGUCGCUCUGGCCCAGCGCAAGGAUGUUCGAAAGAGCCAGCUUGAGGCUAGCAUCCAAGCUCGCAACCAACUCCGUAUGCAGCAGGCCGCCGCCGCCGCCGGUAUGCCCCAGCAGUACAUGCAACCCCCUGUUUACUUUGCUCCUGGCCAGCAGCCCGGCUUCAUGCCUCAAGGUGGUCGUGGUGUUCCUUUCCCUCAGCCUGGCAUGGGAAUGCCCGGUGUUCAGGGUGGCCGUCCUGGUCAGUUCCCUGGCUACCCUCAGCAGGGUGGCCGUGGUGGUGUUCCUCAGCAGAUGCCUCCCAACAUGUACGGCAUGCCUGGCCAGUUCCCUCCCCAGUUCGGCCAGCCUGGUACUCCCCAGUUCAUGGCUGCUAUGCAGGCCCAGCAAGCCGCUCUUGGUGGCCGUGGCGCUCCCCAGGGUGGUCGUGGUGGUCCCCAGAACAUGCCCGGUGGUCCUCCCAUGGCUGGCGGUAUGGCUGGUUUCCCUCCUAACAACCGCCAGCAGGGUGGCCGAGGUGGACCUGGACGUAACGGCAAUGCACCUCAAGGUGGUCGUGGUGCCGAAGGUGCCGGCCCUAAUGUGCUCCAGCAGCAGCUUGCUGCCGCUCCUCCCGCUCAGCAGAAGCAGAUACUCGGUGAGCUGAUCUUCCCCAAGAUCCAAGCCAUUAACGGUGAGCUUGCUGGCAAGAUCACCGGUAUGCUUCUGGAGAUGGACAACGCCGAGCUUGUCAACCUUAUCGAGGACGAUGCCGCUCUCAAGGCCAAGGUCGACGAGGCCCUGGCUGUCUAUGACGAGUACGUCAAGGCUCAGGGCAGCGAGGGCGGUGAGCCCAAGAAGGAGGAAGAGACCAAGGCUUAA